AUGCCGAGCGAGGUGUUGAAAUACUGCGAGCACCUGCACGGCAAAUGGUACUUCAGCGAAAUCAGGGCGAUAUUCUCCCGGAGAUACCUGCUGCAGAAUGUUGCCAUCGAGAUGUUCCUCGCCAGCAGGACCUCCAUAUUCUUCGCAUUCCCCGACCAGGCAACGGUUAAAAAGGUGAUCAAGGCGCUGCCAAGGGUCGGCGUUGGCAUCAAAUAUGGAAUACCGCAGUCCAGCUCAAUGAUACUAUUGGCCUACAUCUGCUAA